UACGCAAAAUGAAUUGUUUUCCUCCAGUAGAUUUGUUGUGUGCGCAAAGCAACAAUUCUUCUCCUGAAGUUUGCACACGAAUAUUAGACUUUAGUAGAAGUUCACUGGGACAGGAAUAGACUUGUGUCCAGCAGUGCCAGUGUGAAGACUCGCCCUCGGACGUGGACGUGGUCAGUUUGCGUGUCCCGACCCAGAGUGUGACGGACGUCUGGGCAGACAUACCUCCCAAACACAGUUUUUAUUUUUUUUGGAAAAUAACAUUAAACAACACCACACUGCCAACUUUCACAUUGAAGAAGUCGAAGAGUCCUCCAAGAUGUCCGUGGCAGGCUUGAAGAAGCAGUUUUAUAAAGCCAGUCAGAUGGUGAGUGAGAAAGUUGGCGGCGCAGAGGGAACCAAACUUGAUGAUGACUUCAGAGACUUGGAGCGGAGGGUGGACGUGACCAGUAAAGCCGUAGCAGAGGUGAUCUCCAAGACAUCGGAGUAUCUCCAACCCAACCCAGCAUCGAGGGCCAAACUGUCCAUGUUGAACACUAUGUCUAAAAUCCGUGGUCAGGUGAAGAACCCCGGCUACCCCCAAGCUGAGGGCCUGCUAGGAGAAUGCAUGUCCAAGUAUGGGAGAGAUCUUGGAGAGGAGACUAACUUUGGCGGUGCCCUCGUGGAAGUCGGAGAGGCCAUGAAGAGACUGGCAGAAGUGAAAGACUCGCUAGACAUUGAUGUCAAACAGAACUUCAUUGAUCCAUUACAAAGCUUCUGUGACAAGGAGCUCAGAGAGAUACAGCACCACCUCAAGAAAUUGGAAGGGCGCCGCCUGGACUACGACUACAAAAAGAAGCGUCAGGGCAAGAUUCCCGACGAGGAGAUCCGACAGGCCCUGGAGAAAUUUUACGAGUCAAAGGAAGUGGCAGAGACGGGAAUGUACAAUCUGCUGGAGACUGACAUCGAGCAGGUGAGCCAGCUCUCCUGUCUGGUGGAGUGCCAGCUGCAGUACCACCGGCAGGCCGUUCAGUUCUUGGAUGAGCUUUCCCACAAACUUGAGGAAAGGGUGAGUGAGGCUGCGUCCCGACCGAGACGGGAAUACACACCCAAGCCCAAACCUUUGUUUGACUUUGGAGACGAUAACCACUCCAACGGGGGCUACUCCACUUCAAUGGUUCCGCCCCCUUCUCGUAACUCAGCCCCGGAGCAGCCCAGCUGCAAGGCACUGUACGACUUUGAGCCGGAGAAUGAGGGUGAGCUGGGCUUUCGUGAGGGUGAUAUCAUCACGCUGACCAAUCAGAUCGACGAGAACUGGUAUGAGGGGAUGCUCAACGGCCAGUCGGGAUUCUUCCCCCUCAACUAUGUUGAGGUGUUGGUUCCGCUACCACACUAAGGAAGGAAGGAAGGAAGGUAGGUAGGAGGUGAGGGGAGGAGGAGAAAAGCAAGGCGGUUCCACUAAAACCGCAUGGAGGACUGACUCUUUAAAAAUAAUCACCUGCAAUUUGAUACACAAAACUCAGGUUGUGACAACUUUUGACUGAAUACUCCCAAUUUCCAUAAUUCAACGAUGCCACCUGCUGGCCACUAUGAGAACUGUUUUUUUUGUUUUUUUUUAAAUCGACUCAUGUUUUCAUUGGAACCACAUGACACCAAUUAGCCUGUCUUUUAAAAUGGUCGAUUUUUAAAAACCAUCAAAGUGAUUGCACAGUAUUAAUUUGGUUCAUUUCAUUUGCUUUUAGUAGAGCUGCUUACUGGACAUGUGAGAGUUGCACCUCCAUUGAGAUUGACUUGCGUGUGUGUGUGUUGAUACUCCAUAGUUACACACCAUGAAAUACAAACGUUGCACUUUUUCGUCACUUAAAAGUAGCCACGUUUUUGUUAAAGCCUGUUUUAACCUGCACAGUGCCUAAAAAAAAAAAAAAAAAACGCUGCUGGCAGCGGUUUACGUUUUUCUGUCCCUUGUUUUGCCAUAAUGUGAAACUGUGUCCCAUUCUGGAAUUUAUUGUACUUUUUUUUUUUUUUAAGUGUUGGUACAUCUUGACCUUUAUUGUGCUCUUAAUACACAAAUACAGUCUUUGUCUUAGGAUGUAGCCUAAAGGUGAAAGGGAAAACAUCAAGGGAAUGUUUUGACUGGGGGACUGUUUAAAUAAUAUUUCAUCAGUUUUUGUCUGUUUUGACAGACACCUCCACUGUGUUUGGACCUAAUGUGUUUACAUGUUGACUCCUUGCAAUGUAGCUGUUUUAAAAGGAUAAAAAAUAAAAAGACAAACCCUUGCUAGCUUCUAUUUGGAACAAGGAGGAGUGACUUAUGAUUCUAGAACCAAAGCUUAACAUAGCUACUUGUUGCUGGUUUUCCCCAAUUCUAAAUAGUGGCACUUUGCUGUGUAACGUCUCCAAACACUACAGAACCCCCCCACCCCAACCACCACCACCACCACACACACACACACACACACACAAGACUAA